CCGGGAGCCCCGCGACAGUACGGCAGCCAUGGCGUCGCCCUUCAGCGGGGCGCUGCAGCUGACGGACCUGGAUGACUUCAUCGGGCCCUCUCAGUGGCCAGUUCGCGUGCUGAGAACAAGAGUCAAGUUCAGAGCGGGCAGGCUUGCAGGGCGUGAGCGUGCGGCUGGCAGCGCGGGCCUUCAUCUGGCUGUGAGCCGCAGAGUGACCGCUGGUGCCGGCGGGCUGUUCGAACGUGUACCCCGUGUGCAAGCCAUCUUUCUGCUAAGACUGCUUCCGUGGCCGGACGAAAGUCAGGACUGCGUCAAGCCCAUGAAGGUGGAUAAGAGCACAGGAAGUGGCGUGGCCAAGAUCCACAUUGAAGAAGAUGGGAGUUACUUCCAGGUCAGGCAGGACGGAGGGACUCAGAAGCUAGAGAAGGCCAAGAUCUCGCUGGGUGACUGCCUGGCGUGCAGUGGCUGUGUCACCUCCGCAGAGACCGUCCUCAUCACGCAGCAAAGCCAUGAGGAACUGCGGAAAAUUCUAGAUGCCAAUAAGACGGCGGCCCCCAGUCAGCAGAGGCUGGUUGUGGUUUCUGUGUCGCCCCAAUCCAGAGCGUCGCUGGCCGCAAGAUUUCAGCUGACUCCUACAGACACUGCCAAGAAGCUGACUGCAUUCUUCAAGAAAAUCGGGGUGCACUACGUGUUCGACACCGCCUUCUCGAGGAACUUCAGUCUCCUCGAGAGCCAGCGAGAAUUUGUGCAGCGGUUCCGAGGACAGGCCAGCUCUACACAGACCUUGCCUAUGCUCACGUCUGCCUGUCCAGGCUGGAUCUGCUAUGCGGAGAAGACGCACGGGAGCUUCCUUGUCCCUCACCUCAGCACAGCGCGGUCCCCGCAGCAGGUCAUGGGCUCCCUGGUCAAGGACUUCUUUGCCCAGCAGCAGCAUUUGACCCCUGACAGGAUCUACCAUGUGACGGUGAUGCCUUGCUAUGACAAAAAGUUGGAAGCUUCCAGACCAGACUUCUUCAGCCAGGAGUACCAGACUCGUGAUGUGGAUUGCGUGGUCACCACAGGAGAAGUCUUCAAGUUGCUAGAGGAAGAAGGGGUCUCCCUCUCGGAGCUGGAGCCAGCCCCCUUGGACAGUCUGUGCAACAGCGCAUCUGCCCAAGAGCCCACCAGCCAUCGAGGCGGGGGCUCCGGGGGCUACCUGGAGCAUGUGUUCCGGCAUGCAGCCCGGGAGCUCUUUGGGAUCCAUGUGGAUGAGGUCACCUACAGACCCCUGAGGAACAAGGACUUCCAGGAGGUGACCCUGGAGAAAGAGGGCCGUGUCCUGCUGCACUUUGCCGCCGCCUACGGCUUCCGCAACAUCCAGAACCUGGUGCAGAAGCUGAAGCGAGGGCGCUGCCCGUACCAUUACGUGGAGGUCAUGGCCUGCCCCGCAGGCUGCUUGAACGGCGGAGGCCAGCUCAAGGCUCCCGGCACAACUAGCAAGGAGCUGCUCCAGCACGUGCAGAUGCUGUAUGACGCGGUGACGGUGCAGGUGCCAGAGGAUGCACCUGGUGUCCAGGAACUGUAUGAGCACUGGCUGCAGGGCGAGGGCUCAGAGCGGACUGGCCGCCUGCUGCACACCAGCUACCGCGCGGUGGAGAUGGCCAGCUCUGGCCUCAGCAUCAGAUGGUAGGCUGCCUCGUCACGGGGCUGCUGGGCCCGCCCAGCCGGUACUGGGACUCCCACGAAGCUCGUGUCCUGACACC